UUUUAUGUACCAGGAAGAUGGACAAGGUGAAAAGUGUUGGUCUAUUUUGCUUUAUAAAUUGUAUGAUAACUUGUGUAUAGUGACAUAUUUGUCGAUGAUUCGCCACACAGCAAAGUACUUUUCGACGGUGGUGGAAGAUGCAGUUCAAAUCUACCAUGAUCUUGCCAAGAUUCCCUGUCUCUCUCUCGGGCGAUUUAGCAAAGCUCCUCCCAAGGCAGGCCUCAUUCGCUCAGUAUACUCUGAGUGGUCGCAGAGAGAUCUAGAACGCAAUGAGAAGGUCAAGUUUGCUCGCCAGCAGACCCUGGCAAAAACGGAGAGGGGACUAGAAGUUUUACUUGACUCUGAUCCCAUAGAUGUUUCUAAGGAAAUUUACAGUAAGGAAGCACCUUCUGGAAAGUUUAGAGGUGUAGUGAGAAGUGUCAAAGACAAAGAUGGGAAGGAUAAACAGUACAUGGAGAUCUGGAACAAGUAUCAAAAGUUGACAAACAUUGAUGUGGAUGCUCAGGAGAAGCAUGGAAAGAUUUAUGAAAAUGACGCCACAUUUGGUUGUUUUGAGUGGUCUGCCUCUAAGGGACACUUGCUGUAUGUGGCUGAGAAGAAGCAGCCCAAGACAGCUUCCUAUUUUGACAAUAAACCAAAGAAACUGAAGGAUGAACAGGCAGAGGAUUCAAAGGGGAAAGAUUCGGAAGAAGCUAUUAAGGGAGAUCAAUUUGUGUACAAAGAUGAAUGGGGAGAGCUUCUGGUUGGCAAACACCACCCAGUUCUGUGUGUCCUCAAUGUGGAUACAGGGGAUAUCAGUGUUUUAGAAAACAUACCUGACAAUGUCUCCCCAGGACAGGCUGUUUGGGCUCCUGAUGACGCUGGCAUUGUAUUUGUUGGAGUUGAACACAAUCCAUACCGACUGGGGAUUAUGUACUGCCCUAUAAGAAAGAGUGCCAUAUAUUAUCUGGAUUUACAGACUGCAACUUGUGUGGCCAUCAGUACAAUGGAUGCUGCCGUACGCAGUCCACGCUUCAGUCCUGAUAUGUCCAAGCUUAUAUAUUUAAAGAACAAAGCAGGAGGCCCACACAGACAAUGUUCUACUCUUGAAAUGUACAAUUGGCUUGAAAAGCAGACUAAAACAGUUGUGAACAUUGUGGAUACAAUAAAUGGUGAUGAAUUCCCAGGGUUAUACUCACUGCUGCUGCCAGAGAGAUGCUGGUCUGAUGACAAUAUAAGAGUUGUUAUUGAUACAGAGUGGAGGAGCAAAUGUGAAGCUGUGGUCAUCAACACAGAUACCAGUGAGGUGACCAGACUCACUAAAGAUGAUGAGAUUGGGAACUGGCAUGUCUUAGAUGUGGUUGAUGACUAUGUUCUGGCACAGUGCUCAUCUCCAAAUCAACCUCAUUUUUUGAUGGUGGGUGGGCUUCCUGAAGUCAAUAAAGAACAGGAGAUAAAAUGGAGCAGGCUGGGUGAAGCCGCGGCCCUUGAGGACAUUACCUGGAAAAUUUUAAAACACAAUAGAAGUCCUGAUGGUGACGUAACCAAAGAGUUUGAGAGUGUUUUAAUCAGUCCAAAAACGGACUCCUCCAAGAAACCCCCCUUAGUUGUCUAUCCUCAUGGUGGACCUCACUCUGUGUUUUCUUCAGAGUACUCUCUGUAUGCAGCAGCACUAUGCAAAUGUGGCUUUGCAGUUCUGUUUGUAAAUUACGGUGGAUCCACAGGGUUUGGACAGGCAUCCAUUGAGGCUUUACCUGGUAACAUUGGUACUGCUGAUGUCAGUGAUGUACAGUUUGCUGCAGAGUGUGUGGUGAACAGUGCCUUCAAGUUGGUCCAUAAAAGACGUGUCUUUCUAGCAGGGGGGUCCCAUGGGGGUUUUCUCACAGCACAUCUCAUUGGACAAUAUCCAGAUUUUUAUCGUGCUGCUGUUCUCAGGAAUCCAGUUGUAAACAUUGCCUCCAUGAUGCAUACCACUGACAUCCCUGAUUGGUGUUGUGUAGAGGCUGGGCUGGGAUUUGACUUCAAAACCAUUUGUGAUCCUGCAGGCUACCAGGCACUCUGGAAACACUCCCCUAUAAGAUAUGCUGACCAGAUGAAGACCCCCUCAGUUAUCAUGCUGGGUGCCAAUGACCUCCGUGUGCCUCCAUCUCAGGGCAAAGAGCUGUACAAGGCACUGCAUUCCAGAGGAGUCACUGUCAGAUUGCUCAUUUACCCAGACAACAGUCAUCCAUUGAACAAAGUAGAUACUGAAGCUGAUGCCUUCAUGAACAUUGUGAAGUGGUUCUGGGACCAUUUACAUAAAGAAGUUCCAGAAGAGACAAUAUAAGAGAGAUACACCAUUUGUUAUGAGAUGGAUCAAUCACAGGAAACCAUGGAUAGACUGAGGUGAUUUUAGAAAGGACAAUGUGAGAGAUCUAAACACCAUUUGUUUUGUUAUUGGAUAAUUUUAACUCCAGAGGAAACCAAAAGAGAGGCAAUUCCAAAAGAGACAAUAUAAAAGAAAAUUUGAUUUCAAUUGCAUUAGAAACCAAAUGAAAAACAAUCCCAGAAGAAAAUUUGUAAACCUCAUUUGAUUAUUUCAACUCCAGUGGGAGAAAGUUGAAAUUAAGAUAUAUCAACUCGGUAAAGUGUUAAAGAUUAUGUAUUGGCAUCUAAAUGCCAUUUGCUCCAGAAUCUGUGGAAAUUUUAUUAUCAAUGCAUCAGUUUAUUACCAAUUUGUAUUUUGUCUGUUUUUUGAGUGACUCAUUUAUUAAUACAAUCCCAACAGACAUAUCUUACAACCUAUGUAUCAGUUGUUACUGAAUGUUGCUUUCCUUAUGUAUAAGGAAAUAUAAGAAGUUGGAGAAGUAAUUGUGAAAAAUUGCCUAGGGCUGAUGUCAUUUCAUCUCAGUAACAAAUUAUUUUUCACUAGGUGACAAUUCUUUGUCUGACAUUAAUUAUCAGGACUUGGGUUUAAAGCCUAAACUUUUCUAGCAUUACCUUCCUCAGGUGAACCAAAACCUUUCAUAUCAAAGCAAAGUGUGCCAUGUUCUGUGAGGAUAUAAUUUUUCAAAUAUAAAAAUAAUUAUUUAAAAGAGUAAUUAUUGUGAAGUUUCGUUGGUUAAUGGAAUAUAUUAUGAAAGCAUCGUAAAAGAACUUUUAAAUUAAGCCUCUUUGAGAUGCACAAUACCUAACAGUACUUGAAAAGAAUUCAAUUCUUUCUGAUUAAAUUUUCAAGAUUUAAAAAUAAACACCAACGCUUUGCAUAAAUAUUUGAAUUUUAGUUGAAUUUAGAGUUGAAUUUUAUUACCAAAUAUUGUACAACACUGCUAUUAGGUUUUCUUCAUAUUUACAAUCACAAUUAUGUACAUUAUAUAACAUAAACAGACAUGACCCAUUAUGUGGAUAUAUCUCAAAUAUGUAUCAAGUCUACAUCAGUCUUUUCCUCACAAAUUACUUGAAAAUGGGACUCGGGUUACAAAUGGUAUUCUUUACUUUAAAGAUGGACAUAUCAAUAAUUAAAGUCAAUUAUUAAUGAUUAUUAGAAUGCAUAAUUUACAUUUUUAUACAUGUUGACAUUUUAAUUCACUGAUUUGAAAACAAUCAUGCCAAUUGACAUUAAAGUACCACUUUAAUAA